CUCCAUCUCACACUUUGCUAAUCCAUUCUCUAUGACUCAGAUAUUUAUUCAGUCAACGCUCGAUGAGACCCAAUUCAUUCAAAUCAACUAGGCUCCAAGCCGAAAAUAGCACAAAAUCUGAGGACAGUGGGAUUAUGGAGGAACUGGACACCACAACCUCGUCCUCUUCAUCAACUGCUACACCUUGCAAAGUCCCACGCAUCUGCGACAGUGAAGAACGACGUCGACGUAUGCAAAGUGUAUUCCCUUUACAAUCAAAAUAUAACAAGUCCACUGUAUCAAUGGGUCGGAAACUAGUGAAGAAAGCCCAAAACACUCGCCAAAAAAUGGAAUCCAGCCAUAACCGCCGCCAGCGUCAUUUCCAAAUCCUAGAGCAACUUUGCCAGGACACUAAAGAUGAUAGAAACUGUGAUGAUGGCAAAAAGGAGGAAUUUGAAGAACCACCACCAAGACCUCCAACAAGACGAUGCAUGUUCUACCGAGACGACACAGAAGUUGUCAAAGUGCUACGAGCUAAACAGUUCUAAAAAACUACCAAAUGCUCAUCUCUUCCGUAUUUUCAACGCCAAUAAUAUGACAAAUUCAUAGACAUUCAUUGCUGCCUCCUUUUGUUUUAGCACUUCAUUUCUCAACGUUUCGUCGUCAUUUCAAUUACUAGUCUGGUUAAUUUCCUUUCAGUGUUUUUCUCUUCUCAUUUUUAAAAAAUUUCUUUGUUUUUAUAAUAUUCAAAAAAAUUCAAAAAUCUUCACAAUCCAAAAAAUUUUAUCAUUGCAAUUUUUCAUUGUUCUCUGUUGUUGAAAGUAUUUUUUUUAAUGUAUAAAAAUCUCUAAUACCAACGCAUUUUCUUUUUUUUUGUUGUUUAUUUGAAGAUCCCCGUUUCUAGUUGUUUUUUGUCUCCAGUGAGAAUAUUGGUCGUGUAGAUUUUACGUAACUGUGAUCUUCCCCAUCUUGCUAAAGUUCAUUCCUGAAAGUCAUCAUUUCUGUCAAUUGCCUUCAUGAUUGAGCUAUACAUUUUGCUUCACAAAUUUCCAAUAAAUGUGCAAUAACUUUU